UUUAAUAUAUAAGGAAAAGAGAUAUUGUUAUCCGGUUAAUAAGACUCAUCCUUCGGCCCGAGUCCCAGACCAAGACCAUCAGUGAAGUGUCAAGAUGGCGCCGAGGUGGACGUGUGUCGCCUCCUUGCUGCUCUUCCUCGUCAUAUCGUGUGAAGCAGGGCGGGACUUCUACAAGAUCCUGGGGGUGCCGAAGGAUGCCGGGGUGAACCAGAUCAAGAAAGCCUACAGACGGCUGGCCAAGGAGUACCAUCCAGACAAGAACAAGGACGACCCACUUGCCGAGGAUAAGUUCAAAGACCUCGGGGCAGCCUACGAGGUGCUGGUGGAUGAGGAGAAGCGGCAAAAAUAUGAUAGGUGUGGCGAGGAGUGCGUGGCCAAGGAGGAUGGCUUCGGUGGGAUGGACCCCUUCGCCAGCUUCUUCGGGGACUUUGGCUUCGGCUUUGGGGGCGGCGGAGGCGGCGGCCGGGAGAGAGAGGCAGCGAGGGGGGGAGACGUCACAAUGGACAUGCACGUCACCCUUGAGGAGCUCUAUGUCGGGAACUUUGUGGAGAUGGUGCGCAACAAGCCAGUGAUGCGAGCCGCUGCGGGAACGAGGCGCUGCAACUGUCGGCAGGAGAUGGUGACGCGACAGCUGGGUCCAGGGCGGUUCCAGAUGACGCAGCAGCAGGUGUGCGACGAGUGCCCCAACGUGAAGCUGGUGAACGAGGAACGCACGCUGGAGUUUGAGAUCGAGCCGGGCAUGGUGGACGGGCAGGAGCACCGGUUUGUCGGGGAGGGCGAGCCACACAUUGAUGGUGAUCCGGGAGACCUCAUCAUCCGCAUCAAGACCCAGCCACACUCAAGGUUUGAGCGCCGCGGGGACGACCUCUACACCAACGUCACCUUGUCACUGCAGGAGGCCUUGCUGGGCUUUGAGCUGGACAUUCCCCAUCUGGACAACCACAUGGUGCAUGUGGUGAGGGAGAAGCCAACGUGGCCCAGCGCAAGGAUCAGGAAGAAGGGCGAAGGCAUGCCCAACUACGACAACAACAACCUCUUCGGCACGCUCUACAUCACCUUCGACGUGGAGUUCCCCAAGGCAGAGUUCACGCCAGAGGAGAGGGAAGCCCUGAAGAAGAUCCUGAAGCAGGAGUCCAUAGGAAAGGUGUACAAUGGCCUGCGUGGAUACUGAUGACUGUGCUGGCCUAGGGAAACUUUUGUACAGAUUGUUAUAACUUAUGUAAUGGUAUGUGUGUGUGUGCAUGUGUGAGCGCAUGUAAUUUGCAUCAGAACAUUGAUAUUAGUACCCCAAGUUGUGAUGGGAAUGGUGACAGUCACAUAUUGAGUACAAAAUGCUCAAUAAAAAACAGUUGUCAAUAUUUUUUAGUUUAUAAAGCAGUGUAGAGUUGUACUCCCACUUUUUUCACCGUUGUGUUGUACCAAAGUAACAUAACACUUGAGGAUACUUUUGGUCUUGCCAGCAGUCAUUUCUUGUCACCUCCUCUCAGUGCCACUCACCUUGCACCAGAGUGAGCCUUCAAGAAGUACAGUGCCAGUCUAGGACCCAAAGUGCAUGAUGGUGUGUGUGGAGUUUCAUUUAGUAUCAUCCUCUGUGAAGACAAGUUUGUUCUACUUUGUAGAGAAUACGUAUAUACGUAUAUGAAAUUAUGGCAUUGAAUUAAAAAAAAAAAAAAAACGGAGACUUCAUUCUUUGUCUUGCAUCACACUCAGGUAUUGUCACACGAUGUACAUGUUGUUGGCAUCCACAGAUAGUACUGAAUAUCACAACUUCAUAAGGGCACAAAUAAAUAUUACACUUCAUAGGCUUGUGUACUUCAGAACUGUGAGGUGUAUGACACAUUAUGUAUAGUAAACCCUCAGUGGUUAGUCACCUAAAAAAUAUUUUUGCUCUAAUUAACUACAUAAACACAAGCAGUAGGAUCACAGACUCUGCUUUUAUAACAUUAUAUUUUGAUUAUCUUCUCAUUAUUUGUAUCACAGUACUGCAGCAUUGUUUUCUCAAAAUCAUAAGGUUGCAGUAUAAAAUGCUUGCAUCCAACAAUACAAUGUUGCCAUUGCUAAAAACUGCUUGUGUGACAUUGCAAUAAGAAUGCAACAUUGACAACUUCUGUAUGGUGUACAGAAUUUGAGAUAAUACUGACACCUGUUCUUAUGGUCUCCCUUGGGGUUCAGAAAGUUAUUUUCAUGUGUGGCAUUAUAACAACAUGAACAAACCUCUUUGUCAGAAGGCAGAUGUUUGGACAGACACUGUUUGUUUCCCUGUGAUAUGGCAUCCUUUAGUGCUGCUCAACAUCAGUAAAAGCUUUUGUUAAUGUUCCUUCUUUUUGAUAAAUUCUCUUAAAUUAAGGAGAAUUUUGGCACACUGUCAAUUGUAGAUGCCACUUUUUUCACAACACAAAAUAUCUACGAUAAUUAUUUGCCUAAACAUCUCCAAGUUUUAAAGCAGAAAUUGCAUUUACACUUCCACAAAACACAAUCUGCCACUGCAGGGUUACUUGGUCACAGAAUUACUGCAGCUUACACACCGUCUUUGUCUCAAGAUACCAGAAAGCGUUUUGAUUGGAGAGAGGGUUACUCAACAAGGGCAUAGCAUAUACAUUGUUUUAAGUUCUCCUUCUCAGUGUUUGCGAGGCAUAGUAUUAGCAUGCUUUGUGAAGUUGGUGAGUAUGUGGUAGUGAGCGUGUAAAUGUGUGGGUGUGGAUUUGUGGUGAAUGUGGACUUGGGGUGUGAUUGCCUGUGUGUACAUGUGUGUGAAACUGCAGAAAUGAAUAGAAAAAUACA